AUGUUACUUCACGGUCCUCUGGCCGAACGGUUCAAUCGUGGGGCGAGUGAUUGCCAUAAGCAGAUGCAACCCUCAGUAACUCUUCCGCUGAUGCACGUGCGCUUCGUUUCAUCCGCUAAGCUGCCGCAGUGCCCGGUAACUCUUGAUCCAGUAGUUGCAGGACCAAAACCAAUUGAUGGACCUGAUCAACAACAGCAGCAACCACAAAGGACGUUUGUGCCAUUCAAAGAUCGUCUGCGGUCGACUAAUUUUUCAAGGGGAGAAAAAUCAGAUCGCUCGGCAACAUUGUGUGGCUCAAGCGUUACUUCGCAGCAGCUCUCAAAGGAUGCUGGUAGCCUCAGCGUGAGCUUCAGCACCGCGUGUUGGAGGCUUGCUUCUAGUGCUAGUGUUCGUAGUGGGGACGGAAGUCCAAUGAAUAAUGACGAUGGCGGCGGUGGGUGUAGAACUCAGGGCCAACCCUUGCGGUUGCCUACAUAUACUGGAACACAGCAGGGAACGUCGCAGACGACAGCGAGAAAACAGACGUCGAAACUGUCCUUCAAGGACCGUCAACGGUCCAGCGUGUCGAACAAUCAUUCGGUCUCUGCUGGGGAAGAAGGUAGUGGUAGAGAUGCAGAGCCGCCGUGCAACGAAUCGAACACAUACACGCCGGCGAAUGCGCUGACGAGCAACGAUGGAGGGCAACAAAAACAUUAUCAACGCAAGUUCAAAGCACGCGUUCAGACAGGAGCACUCGCACCGCCACUGCCACCGGGGGCGCCACCACUUUUGCUUCCAGGCACCGCUUCACCCUCUGCGAACUAUGUGAACUACUGUUGUCACAGCGAGCAGUGGAAGGAUGGCGAGGCGGAAGGGACAGAGUUGGAUAACACCAACAAUAGCAGCGAGCGUCGACGGGACAAGAUGCUCCCACGGGCUAGUUCGACGAGACGAGGGUCUGCCCCAAGAGCAUCAGCCGAAACGUUGCCGCCUGUGGUAGAUGCAUCCAUUCCCAUGACAGAUGAAGGGGGCGGGCGGCUGAACCCAUCGUGUGGUGGUGGUGGUGGUGGUAAACACUAUGGUGAUAGGGUGGGGGCAGGAGGAAACGAGGGAGAAGCCAGGGAUGUAUUCUCCUUUCUACCGAUUUCGCCUAGAAUUGCUGCGGAGUUUCCGGCGGCUGAGGAAGGCUCGGCGCUUGCCGCAACACGCGGGAACAGGAGGCGAAGUGGGUUUUCUAGCCUGUUUUUCUCCAUGCUGAAGCCACUGAAGGUGGAGUACCAGCUACCCUUCCUGGUGCAACCAUCAAUACCGCUGGAUGACGAAACUGUGGACGAGCCGUUUGGCCUUGGGAGCUCGGACUGCUCGUUAACGGAUGAAGGACUCGAAUCCCUCACACACAGUCUCACGUCGGGCGUUGGAGUUGUCGAGACGGAGGAGCACGUUUUCAUUCCACACUAUGAGCUACUGAAAGAGGGACGGUCACGAGCGGAGGUGAUACUUAGUACUGUGCGUGCGGUGUGCUCCGGUCUCAAUCUGAGCGUGCUCUCUGCUCCACCGGACACUAUUGCUUCGUGUAGGAAGUGUGAUGAAGGUGGUGCUGAUGAAACCAAAGCUGCCGAUCCUUCCCCAUGUGGUCGGUCGGGUAGGGCUGAUAGGCGACACACCAGGGAGGGAGGUGUGGGCCUAAGCCAGUCCUCAAGCACAAAUGAAGACACGAAAAGUGUUAGCAACGUGGGAACAAUAAUUGCUUCGGAGGAAGAUGACUGCUUCACGUUUGGCGUGGUAUCCACAUCGUAUCCCCUCUUUCCCACGGAAGACCAAGACAAAAGUGAUUGCAAAGUGGCUGCACGGCUGUUGUUUAAUGCAGAAAAGGGAGUCAUGCUUAUCUCCGCGGAGGAUGAAGUGAAAAAGUACAUGAAUAAGCCUCUGAAAGCAGGGACUCCUAAUGGAAGGGCAGAAGGCGGCAAAGGAGCGCGGUGUAGUUUUGAAAGGAGCAACAUCGGUGUCAGUAGAGAUUCAGCUGUACAAGAACGUCCCCAGCAGGCACAACAGAAAGGAAUUGAGAAGAGGCAAGAAGAGGAAGAAGGAGAAGAGACUGAGGGGUUGCUUUGGCGAUACGGCGGCAACCAAGAGUCGGGAACGUUGGAUGCAACAUUAGUUUUGCCAUCCCAUGGGACGGAGAAGGACUCCACACGGGAUCGGAAUGCAUUCUACGAGGAGGAUGGAUCCGUCUCGCGGUGUACUUGCACUCAACAGCUGAUCACAAAGGAUGCUCGUGGUGUGGACUACAGCCGCUACCACGCACACAAACUGUAUCACCAUUGCAAAUGCUGUGACCGUAGGCCCGCUUCUUUUCUCUGCCUUCACUGCCUCACAGCUUUGUGCCCCUCCCACGUCACACGCCACUACAAUGAUUCCAUUCCUGCAGUGGGUAAAAGUAAGAGGGGGGCGUCGAGUGUGUGUGAAACCAUGGAUGACGAGGAGACAGGACGCAAUGCGGUAGGUGCAUGCUCUCUGUUUAUCAACAUACUCGACAUCAUGACAAGUUUUGACCGUGUUUACUGGUGCGAGCCGUGCCAGAGCUUCACCUGGCGCUACACAGAGGUGUACGACCCGUUGGUUGAUCAACUUGCAGCCACACGCGGUACCUACCUUGAGGAUCCUGUGCGUGAUAUUGCUUGUGUAGGUUACGAGGUACAAAUAAAGUGCUACGGUGAGGCACAGCCCUCAUUCUGCGGCCGUACUAGUGCCCAUUCUUCUGUACUGCGGGAUCGUCCGCUUGUCAACCGUAACGCCUUACAGACUGAUAUUGCACUUUUUUAUCCUCCAAACGCGGGUCAAGACGUAACGCCCACGGAAGGUGGUAGCGCGGCAAUCAGUGGCACCAUCGAAUGCGGCUUGGGCUCCCCGAGGCUGGUGGGUAGUGCAUCACCAUUACCUCGCUGUUCCGCAAUGGAAGACACUCUACACGUGGGUGUGACAGCACCAAAGCUGAUUUCACUAGGUGCGAAGGUACAAGGCUGGCGUGCAACACAAGAGGAUGCCGAGGCGGCCUUCGUUAUUAGCAUACCUUGCCUCUCUGACACACCCGAUACAGGGGCCGACGACGAUAAAGCGGAGGAAACGAUUGCGGCCCGCGAGUCUAAUGAUGCUGUGGCCAUGGCAGUUUUUUGUGUCUUUGAUGGACAUGGUGGUGAUGCGGUGGCAAAGCUGGCGGCAAGCCGGUUUGAGUCACACCUCCGCAAAGCAGUAUGUUCAGUGCGGCACGACGAGGCGGAGGCGAGUGCAGUUCUCCGCCGCGUGGAUCAGGAGUCGACCACACCUCAGUACUCUGUAAGCGAGGCCUCACCCUUGCGGCCUCGGGAAAGCGGGUGUUUUCCUCAGCUCAGCAGCAAUGAUGUUAACAGUGGCGCUGCAUUGGGAGACGUUGGUGUCCGCUCAGUCUCCAACGUAACUGUUGAAAUGGUGCGGCAACUUACGGAAGGUAGCGCUGACAAGUCCGUCGCUCGGGGAAGCGCCGCUGACCACUCGGAGACUUCAGACACAUGUCAUGGUUUGUCAGCCUCACCAACUGUCUCCCGACGUGAAAUGGAGGCCCUCAGGUUGUACUUUGCUGGCAUAAUGGAGGAGGCGCUUCUGUCACUCGACGAUGAGCUGCGGAGCAGCGACGAAGGCCGCCGUGGCGACUACAAUUGCACUGGCUGCACAGCCUGCGUCGUGGGAAUCACAACAAACUUCAUUCUAUGCGCGAAUAUUGGGGACAGCGGUGCAGCCUUCUAUACACCACAAGAUAUAGUACCCAUCAGCAUCACGCACCGCACAACGGAUCCAGGAGAAAGGGCUCGUAUUAACGCUGCGGGAUACACAUUGGUGGAGCACCGCAUCGAGGGACUAUUGGCUGUGUCUCGUGCAUUGGGCGAUUACGACUUUAAGCAGUGUGGUGGCCGUGGUCCGCGGGAGCAAGCCGUAACUGCAGUGCCUGACGUGACGAUUAUGCCGGUGCCACCUGCUGCCGCAGUGGGUCGAUGGGGCGUCGUUGUGGCGUGUGACGGGGUGUGGGACACUUUAACUCCCCAUCAGGUCCAUCAUGCCAUUAUGAAUACGCCAAAUGACUUGGAAGUGGCGAGCUCUGCCACCGAGGUAGUUAUCCGGGCGCGGGAGAUGGCGUAUGCAUCACAAAAAGAGGGCGAUAAAAGUCAUAUUAACACAGAAAAAUAUCGUUGUGGUGCAGAUGGCGAACGUGAGAAUGGUGGAUCCAAAACUGUUGAUAACGUAUGGGGCGGCAAGUGCUGUCACGGUGGAGCAUCUGGGGCCUCAAUUGACGCGCUACUUCUUACCUCUGCCGCCGGUAUUUUCGCGCAGUGCGUGGCUCCAGUAGACAACGAAGAAGGUGUCGGAAUGGACAACUGCAGUCUGUUUCUAAUUGAGCAACGGUGA